ACGGUAGAGGUGGAGUUCCAACAAUUUCUCUUCAGAGUUGAAAUGAGGGAAAAAAUCAAGCAACUUUCGAGGAACUGACCGGCUAAUUAUGGGAUACUUACUAUGUGGAUUUAUUUCAGUUUUGUCUAACACGGACACCUUUCACUUGUUCUUUUAUGGAGACAAAAGCAAGCUGUCAGAUGCAUCAGUGGAUUCGACCAUCUGACAAUGACAGGUACAAGCUGGUGGAUAAAGACCUAAACCAGACUCUCUUCAUGUGAAGUAUUCCUAGUCACCUUGCUGUGUCUUCACUUCGCUCGAUUGUAAAAGUGUACUCAGGAUUCUGAGAUGGGCUGCUCCCCAUCCAAAGGAAACCAUUUUGCUGGCGCACACAGUCCUUUCCGGAGAGGAAGGACUCUUCUGCCCGCCAACCAAGAAAAUGCAGGUGAGUCUGACAAUGGGGCAAGUGGAAGCUCUUCCACUGCUGGAGAAACAGAUGGAGAGAGACAUUCUUGGACCAGUGGGGAGAGGCAGGCAAAUGGUCUGCAAGAUGUCACGAUAGCAUGCCCAGCAAAGAAGCCUGUAAAUGAAGGGGGGAGCUGCUCGAACAAACUUGAACCUCAGGAAAUCAAAGUAAAUGUUUUAUCAUCUCAAAUAAAGGAUAAGCCAGGGGAAAAUCAAGAAUCAGGUGAGAAAAAAGCUGUUAAGAAAACGAAAAAGCCCAUCAAAGGAAUUAAACUGGGUAAGAAGAAAGAGAAAGACAAAAAAGCUCCUGCCACUGAGACAAAAGUGGACUUUCCAGAGUUGCUGGUGAAAGCCCACCAGGCUGCCUAUGGUUACCUUAACCCCAGUAUAACCAAAUAUGACGUCUUGCUUGGACUUUUGGACCACGCCGCUCAAACUCAGAUUUCGUUGCAGCCCAUGGUGGCUUUCAUGCUCAUGCGCUACGAGGAGAUCAACAGAGGGCUGGAGGAAAUAGUGGAGGAAGGAGAGAGACUUCUCAAAGAAAACGGAGAACAUCUGGCUUGGCCUUGCCAAAUGAAAAAUCUCUCAACCACUUCUGCCAGAACAAGCGCUUCCCCCUCCUCCCCCGCAGACCCCCCUCCAGAUCUAUUACAGCAGCUUCUGCAGUACACCAUUCAAAGGAUGCAUCUCGUCAGCCAAUCAGUGAGUGCAGUGGGGGAUUCAGCACUGGAAGAGGCCGUGGAUUACUUUACUUCAGUGUCUGACACACUGGAAGAGAAACUGAAGGUCAAACGUGCAUCCGAGGCUCGGCUCAUGCGACUGUUGGCACGCGUGGAAGCUGCCACGCUCCGCAAACCAGGCCCGGAGGACUCGGCGCUGUUCAGUGAGGACAGUGGGAUCGGCGCUGAGAGCGAGUCAUUGGCUGGAUCAGACAGACAGAGACGCCGCCGUGAGAGCUGUGAGUCCAGUGGGACCAACUACACGUCAGCAAGCAGCCCAAUGGGUGGCAACUUUACUCCAGUCUCCAAGGGAACUCCAACGUGCAAACUCACGCGUAAAACAAGUUCCAAUCUCUCUCUCAACUCCAUAGACUCUUUUUGUAAUUUUGCAAAGGAGCAAAGAGACUCUGAAUUUCUUUGCAGCUCUGCCUCAAUAGAUGAUGAUGAGAGAGAGGAUGGGAAAGAUGUAGAUAAUCACGAAGGAGGAGAAUGUAAUAGCAAGAAGUGCCCAAGCGCCUCCCCAUUGCAUGCUUGCCAACAGCCACGUCGUUUACCUUCUAAACGUAUAGAAAAUCCACAAAAUAUAGAAAUGACAUUGAAAAUGAGGGAGGCCAUUAGUGGGCGGAUCAGAUUUGUACCAUCAUCACCGAAGACCAGUCCAAAGGUAAAGCAGACAGACAGUCCAAAAAUUAGUCGCCGACAGUGGAAUGAAGAGGAGUCCAUGCCAAAACGACCCCAAACACCCACACUUCGGACACCAAAGAAAAAGACAGCAGUGGCAAAACAUCGGCGGACCCAUUCUGCGGACUCAAUUCGUAGCAAAGCUGAGGACCCCACACUGCUGGAGUUGGCGAGGACUCAGAAGGACUUGACUCAGAGACUUGACCAGAUGAGUAAGGCUGAGGGGAACCUUAGAAACAGUGCUGCUAAACAAGGAAAGGGGAAGACCCAGCCAAGCUCACCGUCAGCACCUGUUCGUUUACGCCCUUUGCAGAAGACCCCACAGAGUCCAUCAAAAUCCCCUAAAAAAACAGGCCAUGGAAACAGUUUGACUAAAGAAAGGGAGAUACAAAAGGAUCAUGGAAACAGUUCAACUAAAGACAGGGAAAUCCAAAAGGAUCAUGGAAACAGUUCAACUCAGGGAAAAGAGAUAAAAACGGAGAUACAAAAGGAAUCAGGUGACUGUCUGGAUAGAAAUACUGAAACAGAAGACAAGAUCCUCCCAAAACCAACUCCUUCAAGCCCAACACUACAAAAGCCCACUGGGCUGUACAGGGGCAGAAAUUCUGUGAAAAGAUUAAUAGACACAUUCAGCCAUGGAGUUGAGGAGAUUAAAGAUACACCAGAAAAUGUCAAAAUCCUCGGCACUCUGAAGGGUGUGAUGAAGUGUGGCAUUCCUAUCAUUCCUGGAUUAGGGGGCACAGCCACAGUGCUCACAAUUGGGAAUGAUAACUUCCGAGUGGACUCGAGAGCCUCUGACCGAGCGGAUGAUGUUGACCUUGAUGACCUGCCUCCCCCUCCCCCUGAGGUACUUAUGGAUAACUCUUUUGAAAACGUCCAAAAAUCAGAACCUGAGGAAGGAGGGGCCGACAGAGGUCAUUCUCCUCUCCUCAGAAGAAGUAUCAUGUCCCAGAAGCUACGUGCUUCCAUGCAGUCAGUGACAGUGCUACCCAGUAGAGGUGGCAUGCGACUGGGUUCUCUUAGCAUGUUGCCACCAUGUCCUGUGCAACAAGAAAUGAGCACAACAUCUGCAGCCUCUCACCAGGAGUCUCAGCAGAGAGACAGUAACACUUGUGAUGCAGUGCCUUCAACUUCCAUAAGCAACAGCCAGUCAACUGCAACAUCAACGUCCAAAACUCGAAUGUUGCCCUCCACUCCUGUAACUUCCUGCAGCCUUCAACGAAGACUCCCUAGUCCCCAUGUCUUUAAACGGCAACCCACCCCUCCCUCUUCUGCUAGCCCUCCAGUCACACGCAAACUCCCCCAAACACCACCACCAGUGAGCCAAAGGAGACAUCCCAGCCCCAGUGCCCCAAGGCAAGAUGGCACCCUGACAUCUACCUCCAUAUAUCCCAUCAAGGCCCCAUCCCCACCAGCAUCCCCAAAAGUGCAGAGAUGGUUACGGGAAAACAGCAGUGCUAUAAGGCAAGAUGGCAGCCCAGUGUCUAUGUCCACGUAUCCCAUCAAGGCCCCGUCCCCACCAGCUUCUCCAAAAGUGCAGAGGUGGUCACGGGAAAACAGCAGCGAUGACUCGAUGUCCUCAUCACGCAUAUUCAGCAAUGCCCGGUCGGUGUUCUGUCCUGCCUCACCCUCUCUGUUUGAGGCGAAGCCUUGCCCGCUGCCCCGACCCCCACAAGCAUGGACUUCCACAAGAGAGGCUGCUAUAUCUUCUCUUUGGGGGGACCGUGGGAGGCACCCUGUGGCAGUGCAUGGACCAAAGCCUUUCAUCAGGCGAAGCCACUCUGACCGAAGGCCCAGUCUGAAUUAUCCACCCAGAGGACAAGCGGUCUCCUAUGCAGAGACCUGUGGGAGCGAGCCAGCCAUUGCUUGUCAGGGGCUGGAAGAUGGACCAAUUAAAGACUCUGACCGAUGGGACCACCACUCGGACCUCGGCGGUGCGACCCGCUCCGCUUCACAUCCAGAUCUGUGCAUUAUAGGGCAGUCCUUACACCGUGAAUGAGUGGGCGGACGGAGGACCAAAAUGGAUUAUGGAUUAGCAACCUCCUCUGAGAUUAAGACUUUUUUCCACUGGGAAGCGGAGAAUGACUAAUUCUGUGAAAGCCUCUUAAGUGGUGGUACCUCUUCUUCCCACCUCAGUGUCACUCUUCAACUGCCGUUUACUUCAAGAUCUCUUUCUCUCCCUUGCUUGCUUGCUCUGCCCUCGGAAAUCCUUUUCAACAACAAAAUAAAUUAUACUUUAAGUGA